UUUCUUAUCUCUCAUACUAUUAUUAUCUAUAUCGCUUCUCUUUCACCACCACCUCCCAUCAUCAUUACAAUUUAUUAAUCUCUUCCUCUUCACGCCUUCUUAUAUACCUCCCUCCCUCCCUUCCACCAAAAAUAUCAUAAUCAUCUCAAACGAUCCAAUGGGUCUGGAAAUGUUAGAAGAAUUUCGAUCAAUUACAUCAAUCAAACGAAACACCGUUCCUACUUCAACAAUCACUACUACUGCUACUACCUUGAAUCAACACUCAUUAGAAGAUGAACAAGUAUCAGAUCUAGAGAGAAGAAUUGAGGAUUGCAACUACCAGACACCACCGUCAUCACCGUCGAGAAUCUCCUUCAAUUUGGUUUGUCCACCACCUCCAAGGAAACGUCGACGGUUAGCAGUUGCGUCUUCUCAAUCUCGAGAGAGGAAAUUCUUUCAAGAUGUACCGGACGAUCUAGCUUCCAUCUUUCUUCUGCGCGCCAAACCUGCAACAGCUUCACAUCAAUUCAAGCAACUUGCGAGCUAAUUUACCAACAUUCUUCAACUUCAUCAUCUUCACACAGCCAAUCAAUGAAACGGUAUAUAUAGGACUAUAUCUAUAUCUAUAUAUAUAGUAAGUCAUCUCAUUUUUAUUUCAAGCUUUUUUAUUGUGUAAUUUUGUAUAUUUCAAGUGUAACAGUGUUGCUAAAUAUAAAUUUUAUUCAAAAAUA